AGCAGACGCUUUUCUGCUCUCUUUUACUAGUCACACUGUAUUAUAAAGCACUUGUGCUGAAAAUGUUCCAGUUUCGAAUGGUGCUUCUCACCGCCUCAUGACAACUCAGACUCCUCGGUCAGUUAUGAGUUCAUUCAGGGAUGCGUUCUGGGGGCCUACAGGGUUUGAGGAACUACGUCGCCUUUUGAAGCAGGGGGCUGAUUUCUCCAAGGAAGUGGUCAGCAUUUUGCAGGAGCGGUCCGAGUUGGAGGCUGUGCAUGCUAAGAGUUUGACCAAGCUCUCUCAGCGCCUUGCCAGGGCAGCCAGGGAUGCCAUUGGCACAAGUGCCGCAGCUUGGCAGGAAGUGGCCACACAAUUGGAACGGGAGGCCCAGCUUCACAGGGGUCUGUCGCGGGGCCUGUCGGAGGGAGUGUGUGGGCCCCUACGAGCCUCUUGCGAGGCCCAGGCGGGACGGCGCAAGGCUCUCGAGGCAGCUGUGGAGCGCCGUGCACGUGCCGUGCGAGAGCGUCGUGCCCUUCAGGAUCGGACCAAGCGCCAUGCUCACCAUUGUGCCCGGGUCAAUGAGCAGGCCCAGGGGCGUGUGCUCGAACCCCGCUCGCAUCGGGGCAUGCGCCUCCUUACUGACAGAGACCUCCACAAGCUGGAGAGCAAGCGGCGCAAGGCAGAGAGUGCUCUGACCAAGGCUGAGGGCGAAUACUACGGGGCGUGCAUGUCAGCUGAACAGGCACGGCAGGAGUGGGAGACAUUGCUGUUCCAGACUGCUGGCUGGCUGCAGGCUCUGGAGCAGGAACGCCUGGAGGCCCUGCACACAGCAUUGUCAAGAUAUGCCCAGCACUUGUUGCACAAAGCCCCACAGGUGCUGCAGUGUGCCGAGUGUGUGCAGGCACAGACAGCGCAUGUGGAUGCCAAACAGGACAUUGAAGAGGCUGUGCGCCUCAGAGGCACUGCACCCAAUGUGCCUGAGCAGCUGCUACCAGAUUUCUAUGCAGAGGAUUUGUCAAGUCCCAUGCAGCCCCAGAGGCGCAAGGAGGCCCUUGAGAGGCUGCUGCAGCUGCUGCAAAAGGAUCUUGACACAGAGCGGCGAGGAAAACAAGGUGUGGAGUCUUUAGCCCAGGCUUUCAGGGAAUCUCCUCGCUUUGGUGAUGAGGAAGCCCAGCUACGUGUCCAAGAGAAGCUCCAACAGCUUCGGCAAAGCCUGGCGUUCUUGGAGGCAUCACGCCACAAGGUGCAGUGCUGUCUGGCAGGCUUGGAGGGUCAACCAAGGCCACCACAUCCACUGGCUCCACAUUUAGAGCAGCGCAGGGACCGACAGGGUUUGGCGCAGACGGUGCUUAAGAUCCCGCCCUGGCUUCAGCGGCGUUCUUCAAGUGCCGAGGAGUGGGACCGUGGGGCUGCCGACGGGGGUGUUGAGGUCCCCGUGUCACUUGAGACUGAGCAGGAAGAAGAAGAGCAGCCAUAUGCCAAUGUGUUGCCUUCACAAUGCCGAGCCUUGUAUGACUACAAGGCCACCAUGGAUGAUGAGCUCAGCCUGUGCUCAGGUGACCUGGUGACAGUGCAUAGCCGUGCCGAAGAUGGCUGGUGGCAUGGUGAGAAAGAUGGCCACUGGGGUGUCUUUCCUGCCAGCUAUGUCCAGGAGCUUGGUCCGGAGCCUGGAUAGAGAGUCAAGGAUAUUUUUUUGAUGGACUGCGUUCAACAUUUGGUGCCACAUGGAACUGUAUUUUUAAUUUCUCGCUCACUGCAAUGCUGUGCAAGCAGACAUCAUGAAAGGCACUCAUGAGUAGGCGCACUUAUUGUCACUGUUGAAUUCACUUUGACAGAUGCUCGUCCCUACAGCUAAGCAUUGCAUAAGUGCCGACAAAAGUUGUGUGGGUCCAACCUGAGUGUGUUCUUCACGAGAACCGAAGAGAUCGACGUUCCAUGACAGUAUUGAUUCAAGCAAUGAGCACACGCUUGUUUAGAAGCGUAGACUGUUGGGCCAGUUGGUGCAUCAUGUAGUGUAGAGCGGAAUUAGGUGCAGGAAGAGACGAAGUGGACACUACAUGAUGCGUCAACUGGUGCAACAGUCUACGCUUCUGAACCUUUCUUCUACAAUGGGCUCUUUUCUGUCUUCUCUUCCUCCUUGUGAGCGGAGCGCUGCUUGCUGCAAAAAAGAGCGUCUGUCCUGUCCACUUCGUCUCUGUCUGCAUGUAAUUCCGCUCAACGAAACUACAUGACAUGCUUGUUUGUCUCGAGCAGCACGUCAGCCAGGCUUUACAACCCUGAUGAUUUCAUCACUGGCCACUGCACAACCACAGCUUGAGCUGCUACAAGCUGCUCAUCAGUAGCACAACUAGACUUGCAAUUGGCAGAUCUUCAUUCUUCCGUGUCUUCCAGUCACCCUUGAAUACCAUGGCUCAGUUCAAUAAAUCACAAGUGACAGAUUGGGAAGAUUGGCGCUGAUGACCAUAGACAUCUAAGAUACACUUUUCACCACCUAUGCAGCAGUUGGCCAUUUUGGGGCUAGCUGCAUGUUUGACGAGAUCUAUCAGUCUGUUUUUGUGGCAUUUAGAUAUUGUAUCAUAAUGUGAACAAAUUAAAGAGCAUGUUUGGGCCAGA